UGAGAACAUUUUACAUUUUUAUUGCUAAUAAAAAAGACAGAAAAUUGCAAAUCGAAUCGAACGUGAUCGACGCUGAUACAUAAUGUAGUACCUGUCAUUGAAACCUUCAAAAGAAUGGCUUCCGAAAAUUGGCCAAUUUGCUGUUCAAACUUAUUUUCACGAAUAAAAGAUGAUUUAUAGUCUUGUUACUUUGCCAAUUUUGAAUUUCAUUUUCUCGUUAACCUGAAUCCAGUUCUCGCAAUGGAGAAAGCAGGUCUUGUUGCUUUUUUCUUAUUUUUACGUGUCGUCUCUUCAGAGAUUGCCAUAGAAGCAAACUUGGCCGCAGAAAUUAUAAGAUCUUUAGAAAAACUGUCGUCUGUUAUUGUAGCUGUAACUUGCUGGUCAUCCUACGAAAAAGUGCAACUGUAUUCGGUCUUGGCAGGAAAAAAUGUGUCUCAACAAAAUGUAGUAGAGUUUGUAGAUCCAGGCGAUAUGCCCCAAAAUUUAAAUGAUAAACAGCACCUCAUGUUUUUAGCUGACCUUAGCUGUCCUGAUGCUUUAAAUUCAUUGCAAAUGUACAGUGAAGAAAAAAUGUUUGCAGCUCCUUUUCGUUGGAUACUGAUUGGUCUUAAUGCAAUCGAUUCUGAAAAAAAUGUACUGAAAAAUGUUGAUUUUUUAGUUGAUUCACAAGUUCUUAUCCUACAACAGUUGAAUAAUUUAUCCUACGAAUUGUAUUAUGUUUACAAAAUCGGACCAGAAAGGUCUUUGAAAAAAGAGCUUUUCGGCGUCUGGAGCAAAAGCCAUGGUUUCCAAAAAUCAAAAAACUUGUCGAAAAUUACCGCUCUUCGAAGAAUUAAUUUGGAAAGCUAUGAAAUCAAGAUUUGUUACGUUUUAACCGAUAACGAUAGUAUUAAUCAUUUGACUGAUGAAGUGAAUGAUCACAUAGACACAAUAACAAAGGUAAACUUCCCAACUACGAAUCAGCUGCUGGAUUUCCUGAACGCUGGUAGAAAGUAUCUCUACACAGAGACCUGGGGCUACCGUCGCAAUAACUCCUGGAAUGGCAUGACUGGCUACUUGGUAAGAGAAGAAGUCGAGAUCGGAGGAUCACCAAUGUUUCUUACCUUUGAACGGUUAUCCGUAGUGGAAUACAUUUCAAGUCCGACACCUACUCGCUCUAAAUUCGUAUUUCAACAACCAAAACUUUCAUAUGAAAACAAUUUAUUCUUAUUGUCUUUCAAAGUGUCCUUAUGGGUCGGUUCUGGUGUUCUGUUACUAUUGAUUUAUUUGGUACUCUGUAUCGUUGCUUUUUGGGAAUGGAGACGUACAAGGCGUUGUAAUUCGCGUAUAGAAGAUGCUGGCAUUUUGAGACCUAACGUAAUUGAUGUGGGGUUGUUUGUGUUCGGAACAGCAUGUCAACAAGGGAGCACUGUUGAACUUAAAGGGUCCUUAGGACGCAUGGUGCUAAUCUUUCUGUUCGUGACGGUAACAUUUUUAUACACGUCAUACGCUGCCAAUAUAGUAGCUCUUCUACAGUCAAGCUCGUCUCAAAUCCGAACACUAGACGACUUGUUGCACUCCAGGAUCAAGUUUGGAGUACACGAUACUGUGUACAAUAGAUAUUAUUUUUCGACAGAAACGGAACCAGUGCGACGAGCUAUUUAUGAAACCAAAGUGGCUCCUCCUGGUACGACACCACGGUUCAUGAGUAUGGAAAGAGGAGUCCAGGAAAUUAAAAAGGGACUUUUCGCUUUUCACAUGGAAACUGGCGUGGGGUACAAGUUUGUAGGAAAAUAUUUUGAAGAAGGGGAAAAGUGUGGCCUUAAAGAGAUACAAUAUUUGCGUGUUAUCGACCCAUGGCUCGCUGUAAGGAAAAACACGCCCUUUAUGGAAAUGUUUAAAAUUGGGACAAAACGUCUGCAAGAACAUGGGUUACAGCAACGGGAAAAUCAUCUGCUUUACGAAAAACGACCUAAAUGCUCAGGGAGACAGGCUAAUUUCGUUUCCGUGAGCAUGGUCGACUGCUAUCCAGCUUUCUUGGUGCUAUCCUAUGGAGCCUUAAUAGCUUUGAUUAUAGCUUUGUUAGAAAUAAUACACUAUAGACGAUAUCAAAUAGAAGAUAUGAUGCUAAAUCGAGGAGCAAUGCGUCGUCAUACAAAGAAGAUGGAGCUCGUUACUAAAUUGGCUGAUGUGCGAUCACCGAAAAGUAUUCAAUUCGUUCAAAAUAUUGAAAACUUAGAGAAUGCAGCUGAAACAAAAGAUUUGAUGAUCAUAGCCGAUUUGAAUUGUUCCACCACGAAGAGUUUUAUAAAUAAGGCAAAUGCUACAAGAAAGUUUCGCAAGCCGUACCGUUGGUUAUGUAUUGAUAAAAAUCCCGGCAAGAAUAACAUUCCAACUGAUUUGGAUGAUCUCAAUAUUUUACUUGAUUCCGAAGUUAUUUUAGCUCAAAAGGAAGGCAGCCAUUUUGUCAUGAAUUUGGUUUACAAAUUAAAACCCAAAUCGUAUGACUGGAAAUUAGAAAGCUUUGGUACAUGGAUGUCUACUGGAUUAAAUAUAUCGAAAAAUAUGGGCACUCCAAUAACUAUCAGACGAAAAAAUUUAGAAGGGAUGCCCAUAGGUAUAUCUGUGGUUGUAACCUCAGAAGAUACACAAAAAGAUGCCUUGACAUUUAAUCUCAAGUUGAACGUACUUCACGUGGACUUUGUAUCAAAAUCCAGCAUCCGACAAGUGAAUCCACUGUUUGACUUUAUGAAUGCUACACGGGUUCUAGUGUUCACCGAAACUUGGGGUUAUGCCGUGAACGGUACUUAUAAUGGCAUGAUUGGAGACUUGCUCAAAGGAGAUGCAGAAUUAGCUGGCACAGUCAUAUUUUUUACAAAACCAAGACUGAAAGUUCUGGAGUACUUAUCGUGCCCAUCUAAUGCCAUGGUUAUGUUUGUGUUUCGGCAGCCAUCCCUAUCUUAUCAGAAUAAUUUGUUCGUCUUGCCGUUUAAUCCAAAAGUUUGGCUUUGCAUCUUCGGAGUGGUCAUUUUAAUGCUGUUCAUUAUUUAUAUGAAUGCCCGAUGGGAAAGUAUUAAACUAGGCAACAAUGAUAGCCUUGACAAAACUUGUUUAACACCAAAUACUGGUGAAAUAGCAAUGAUGAUUAUCGGGGCGAUCACUCAACAAGGAACCUACACUGAAUUUAAAGGAACACUAGGACGCAUAGUAAUGUUCCUUGUGCUGAUGCUAUUCGUAUUCCUGUAUACGUCGUAUUCUGCGAACAUCGUCGCCUUGCUGCAGUCCACCUCCAACGAGAUCAAGACGUUGACAGAUCUACUCAACUCAAAAAUGGAACUGGGAGUUGAGGAUACAGCAUAUAACAGGCACUUUUUUUCCACAGCUACUGAGCCAGUAAGAAGAGCUAUCUAUGAAAAGAAAAUAGCACCCAAAGGUUCUAAGCCAAAUUUUAUGAAUUUAGAAGACGGAGUCAAGAAAAUGCAAAAGGAACCCUUUGCAUUUAACAUGUACGGUGCCAGUGGCUACAGAUUCGUUGAAAAAUAUUUCUUGGAGCACGAGAAGUGUGGGCUCCAAGAGAUCCAGUACUUACAAGAGAACAAACCCUGGUUGACUUGUAAGAAGAACUCUCCGUUCAAGGAAAUAUAUAAGAUCGGGUUAACUAGAAAUCAUGAACACGGGCUAAUCGACCGCGUCAACCGGAUGAUAUUCACUAAGAAGCCGCCGUGCAUAGCACACGGCGGUGUAUUCGACUCCGUCACCAUAACAGAUUUCUACCCCGCACUACUGAUUUUGAUCUACGGGAUGAUCCUCGCCGUGGUGUUGAUGAUCGUCGAGAUAUUACAUUUUCAUCGCUGCAGACGGCUAGUUCCAGGAACAGUUUAAAAAUUAAAUAAUACUAAAUCUAUACCUAACUAUUAGGUAGGUACUUUACUAAUAUUUACAAGAGGUAAAAUUUGUGAGUUGGUAUUUAGGGGUGAUCUCCGGAACUAACGAUCCGAUUCUGCAAAUUCAUUCACUGAUUGAUAGCUA